UCUAAACCCUCGCUCAGACUCCAAUCUCUCCCUUUCUUCAUCGCAGAUCUACAUCUACCAAAUGGCUUUGCUUGUCGAGAAAACCGCCGCCGGCCGCGAGUACAAGGUCAAGGACAUGUCCCUCGCUGACUUUGGCCGCCUCGAGAUCGAGCUAGCCGAGGUCGAGAUGCCUGGGCUCAUGUCCUGCCGGACUGAGUAUGGCCCCUCUCAGCCAUUCAAGGGUGCCAAGAUCACCGGCUCCCUCCACAUGACAAUCCAGACCGCUGUCCUCAUCGAGACCCUAACCGCACUCGGCGCUGAAGUCCGUUGGUGCUCCUGCAACAUUUUCUCGACCCAGGACCAUGCCGCCGCCGCUAUUGCUCGUGACAGUGCUGCUGUGUUCGCCUGGAAGGGCGAGACUCUUCAGGAAUACUGGUGGUGUACAGAGCGUGCUCUUGAUUGGGGUCCUGGUGGUGGCCCUGACGUGAUUGUUGAUGAUGGGGGUGAUGCUACUCUCUUGAUUCAUGAGGGGGUUAAGGCCGAGGAGAUCUAUGAGAAGACAGGGACGCUUCCGGAUCCUGCAUCUACCGAUAAUGCAGAGUUUCAAAUCGUCUUGACUAUCAUCAGAGACGGACUCAAGACCGAUCCCAAGAGAUACCACAAGAUGAAGGAGAGAUUAGUUGGUGUUUCUGAGGAGACCACCACUGGAGUUAAGAGGCUGUACCAGAUGCAGAUCAAUGGGACUCUCUUGUUCCCGGCUAUCAAUGUCAACGACUCUGUCACCAAGAGCAAGUUUGAUAACUUGUACGGUUGCCGCCACUCUCUCCCUGAUGGUCUGAUGAGGGCUACUGAUGUCAUGAUUGCCGGCAAGGUUGGUGUUGUCUGUGGUUAUGGGGAUGUGGGCAAGGGCUGUGCUGCUGCUUUGAAGCAAGCUGGAGCUCGUGUGAUCGUGACCGAAAUAGACCCUAUUUGUGCGCUUCAGGCUCUGAUGGAGGGAUACCAAGUCUUGACCCUGGAGGAUGUUGUUUCUGAGGCUGAUAUCUUUGUCACCACCACCGGCAACAAGGACAUCAUCAUGGUUGACCACAUGAGGAAGAUGAAGAACAAUGCCAUUGUUUGCAACAUUGGUCACUUUGAUAAUGAGAUUGACAUGCUUGGACUUGAAACCUUCCCUGGUGUGAAGAGAAUCACCAUCAAGCCCCAAACUGAUAGGUGGGUCUUCCCUGACACCAACUCAGGCAUCAUUGUGUUGGCGGAAGGACGACUCAUGAACUUGGGUUGUGCCACUGGCCACCCUAGUUUUGUCAUGUCAUGCUCAUUCACAAACCAGGUGAUUGCACAGCUCGAGCUCUGGACAGAGAAGAGCACUGGAAAGUAUGAGAAGAAGGUGUAUGUUUUGCCUAAGCACCUUGAUGAGAAGGUGGCUGCUCUUCACCUUGGGAAGCUUGGGGCUAGGCUUACCAAGCUCAGCAAGGACCAGGCUGACUACAUUAGUGUUCCUGUUGAAGGUCCAUACAAGCCUGCGCACUACAGGUAUUGAGGGAUAAACUCUUGAGAGUUUGAGAAAAAGAAGACACCUGGACGGCUCGACUGUUUCUUCUACAAUAUGAAUGUUGAUUCGCAAUAGAAUGCUGGGAUUUGAGUUUUUGUAGGGCCUUUUUUUUUUAAAAUUUAUUUAUGUUUUGUUUUGGUUUGGAAGGUUUGGAGGGAAGGAAAUGAAUUCCGCCCCUGUUUUAAGGAGUUGGACCAAAAUGGCAUUGAAUAAGAUUUUGAAACCAUUCGGAGUCAUCUGAUAAAAUUGGAAUAAAAAGCCAUUGGAACGA